AUGGUUAAAUAUACAAACAAUACAUUUGAUUCAAACUAUAAAAAAACAUUAGGUGUUAAUUUUAUGGAAAAACAAAUUGAAUUAAAUUCAACAGAUAUAAAAUUUACAAUUUGGGAUUUAGGUGGAGAUUUAGAAUUUUCCAAGAUGUUACCAUUAACAACAGAUGGAGCAGUUGCUAUAAUAUUUAUGUUUGAUUUAACUAAAAAACAAUCAUUAAUAAAUUUAAAAGAAUGGUAUAAACAAGUUAGAUUACAAAAUAAAACAGCUAUACCCCUUUUAGUCGGUACUAAAUAUGAUUUAUUUUUAGAAAUGUCUGAAGAAUAUCAAAAAAAGUUAACAAUUCAAAGUUUUAAAUAUUCAAAAGCAAUGAAGUCAAGUUUAAUUUUUACAUCAUCAAGUGAUUCAAUUAAUAUUCAAAAAGUUUUCAAAAUUUUAAUGUCAAAAUCUUUUGAUUUACAAUUAAAUUUACCUGAAUUAAAAAAUAUUGGUGAACCUAUUUUAAUUUAUAAAAAUGAAUCAAUAAAUUAA